CACGAGGCUCUUAUAAAUCCUCGCCUGCUACUGAGCCUCCACCAGUCAGCCGCUGCAGGUCAUCGCCUCAGCCAUGCAGAUUCCAGGAGCGGUGCUCGUGCUUUUGGCGUCUGCGGUCUCCGCUACCAGACUUAACUUGUAUCAGCCGCCACCACCGCCAUACGACUUCGGUUACGGGGUGAGUGUGCCACACACAGGCGACGCCAAGGAACACAAGGAGACCGUAUCUCAGACAGGCCGCACUGAAGGAGAAUACCGCUGGCUGCAGCCCAACGGUCUGUACAGAGUGACGCGGUACAGAGUGGACGGCCCCUCGGGCUUCCUGGCCAGGGUGACGCUGGAACAUGGCGAUCGUGUCGACAACUACCACCACGACAGGUAUGCUGACCCUAUCACCACCAGCACCGCCACCACCACCACCACCACCAGCGGCAGGAGGAAGCAAGGACUGCAAAGCUACACUGGAGCCCUCUCAUCAGGACAUACGCAGGCGAGGGGGCAGAGUGUGUCUAAAUCAAGUACUGCCCGGAAGGUUCAAACCCACAGGACUCCACUUCAACAUUUCUCUCUUGGCGCUCUCAGCAACGGAUCUCACAGUCAGGAAAGCAGGCAAGAGUCACAGAGUCUUAGAUUCCAGAAGGCCCAUAGCUUAGCAUCUCAAAGAUCUCGUGGCCAAAGUACUCAACAGGUCCAAGGUCAAAGGUCACAAGGUUUCCAAGGAUCUCACAGUCUCAGCUCCCAACACUUUAAAGCGUCUCGCAACCAAGUCUCUCAAAGUCCCCGCAGCCAACAGUCUCACAGUCCCCAGAGGUCCCAUAUCCAAGGUUCUCAUAGACAAGUUAGUCAAAGAGUCAACAGUAAUCAGUCAAAUGGCUUCCAGAAGUCUCGCAAUCAAGCAUCUCAAAUUCCCCACCAUCAACAGUUUCAGCAUCAAGAAUCUCACAGUCCCCAGAGGUCCCAUAUCCAAGGUUCUCAAGUGACUCACAGACAAGUUAAUCAAAGAGUUAAUCCUAGUCAGUCACCUACUUUUCAGAAGUCCGACACCGCAGUCUCCCACAGUUCUCAGAGAUCCCACAGCUCCCAAAGAAUCAACAGUCAAAUCUCCCUGGACUCUCAAAAAUCUCAGGGACAAAAUCUCCACACCAGCCAAACAUCUCGAACCCAAGGCACCCAGAGAACCCGCACCCAAGCCACACAGAAGCCUCAAAGCCAAACGUUCCGCAUGUCCCAAAAUCCCCUGAGACAGGGCACACACAGACCACAGACCCAAAUCUCCCACAGCUUCCAAGGUUCUCGCAGUUCCCAGAUUCACCACAAACAGAAGGCCAAAAUUCCCCAAGCAUUCCAAAAUCACAGCUCUUCUCAUUCCCAUACAUCCCACAACCAAAGUAUCUUGAGGUCCAAUAGCCAAAAAUCCUCAAGGACUCGCAGUCAAAGCGCUUUCGACUCUCAUGAAUCUCAAAACAGAGAUUCUCUGAGGUCUCAGAAAUCCAGCACCUCACAGAGCGCUCACAUCCGAGGUAUUUCAGAUCCUCAUCUGUUGGAAAGGGUACAGGAGUUAGGUUUUAUCGGAUCAAUAAGGACACAGAGGCCAAGAGUCAGCACACAGACUCCAAGAAGAGGGAUCCAGAGAACUAGAAAUCAAGAACGUGGUGCCCUUACGGGCCAGAGUCUGAGAACUGACACUCAAAAGAUCCAGAGUCAGAAGACUGGCAUCCAGAAUGCAGAAAGUCAAAGGUCUGGCACCCAGAAGAUUCAUGCUCAGAGCUCUAGUGUACACCAAACCGAAAGUCAGGGAUCUAGCACUCAGAGGAAUGAAAAUCAGAGCCUUGGCAUCCAGCAAAUACAAAUCCAAAAUCCUGAAUUCAGCAAGAUUCAAAAGAAUGAGAAUGAAAGCCCUGUCACUAAAAACAUCCGAAGUCAAAACCUUUCUACUGACAGAAUCCAGAAUCAAGGACUCGAUGUAAAGACAACAAGACUUCAAAGUUUCAAUGCUCAAAUUACUCCAGGUACAAAAAAAGAUAUUCAAAAGAUCCAAAAUCUAGAGUUCGAUAUUCAGAGGACUCAGAAUCAAAAGACUGACAUCUCGAGGGACCAGAACCGAGGAUUUGGUAUUCAGACAAAAGACAAUCAAGAAUUUGGUACACGGAGGGCCCAGAAACAGAACAUUGAUAUUCACACAACACAGCACCACGGUUUUGGAGGUCAGACGGUCGAAAAUCAAGGAUUCAGUACCAAAACACAUUCCAGUCGUACUGGUGACAUCCAGAAAAUCCAGUUCUUCAGUACUCAAAGUCGGGACAUCAGCACAGAACAAGUAGAGGAUCAGAGUUAUGGAGUACAAAGACUCCAAAUAAAAGACUCAUCUGAAAGUGAAGAAAGCAACUCAGAUAAUGAUUCAAGCUCUCAAUUCUCUUUGGAUGAUGAUUCUGACUCGCAACAAUCCCGGGAUGAAGAUGCAAGCACCGAGAAUUUCCAGGAUGACGGUGAGAGCACUGAAAAUUUCUUUGAGGAUGAUGGCAUAAUUCUGAACAUCCAUGGCUUUCAGGAUGAGAAAGAUAAAGAUUUGAGUGCCCAACAAAUCCAUGAUGACAAUAUCAGUAUCUUGAGAUCUCAGGAUGAAUUUGUAAAGGCUCAGAAGAUGCGGGAUGAAGGACAUGUUUUCCAAGAGUUCCUGAAUGAAGACGUUAUUAUUCAGCAACACCAAAAUAAAGGUCUCGGCACCCAGCAGCUUGACGAUGACAGUGACAACUUCCAGCAUUUCAGUGGUGAUAGCUUUAGUUCUCUACAGGUCGAUGAUGAAAAUGUGAGCUUCCAGCAUAAGGAUAUUAGUACUUCGCACUUUGAGGAUGACGACUUUCUGAUCACCCAACAGCUCCAGAAUGAGGAGUUUGGAGAUCGAGAGCUAUCAAGCCAAGAGCUGUCCUCUACACAGUUCCAGCAUGAAGUUUUCAGCACAUCGCAAGUGCAAGGAGAACACAGUGCCACUGCAGAGGUUCAGGAUAAACUCACACCACAUGUCCAGGAUCAAGGUAAUGCCACUCCACAACUCCAGGGUGGUUUUAUCACUCACCAUUUUCAGGAUCAACAGCCCGGCUCAAAACAGUCUCAGGAUCAACAACUCAGCUCUGAUCAGUUCCAGGAUCAACAAUUCGUCUCCGAUCAGUUACAGGAUCAACAGUUCGGCCACAACCAAUUCCAGGAUCAACAGUCUGGUCACAAUCAGUUCCAGGAUCAACAAUCUGGUCACAAUCAGUUCCAGGAUCAACAAUCUGGUCACAAUCAGUUCCAGGAUCAACAAUCUGGUCACAACCAGUUCCAGGAUCAACAAUCUGGUCAUAACCAGUUCCAUGAUCAACAAUCUGGUCACAGCCAGUUCCAGGAUCAACAGUCUGGUCACAACCAGUUCCAGGACCAACACUUUGUCCACAACCAGUUCCAGGAACAACAAUCUGGCCACAACCAGCUUCAAGAUCAACAAUCUGGUCACAUCCAGUUCCAGGAUCAACAGUUUGGUCACAACCAGUUUCAGGACCAACAAUCUGGCCAUAACCAGUUCCAGGACCAACAAUCUGGCCACAACCAGUUCCAGGACCAACAGUUCGGCUCCAGACAAUUCCAGGAUCAACAGUUCGGUUCCAAGAACUUUCAACUAGACUUCAGUGUCCAGAAGACGGAGCAACAAAGCCUUGGCAGUUCCUUCACCAAUGGACAUCAAAAGGUAUCCACUAGUUCGUACCAUCAAGUCCAAGACAGUCUUGAAAAUCCAAUAGAAAGUGUGCUUGAUCUCUUGCAAAACCAAGAGAAUAGUGAUGAAGGUGUAAGCUUUGGUUUUAGCCCUCUCGACGUUCAUCACAGCAUCACUUCCACUUCACUCCAGGAAACGGAAACAGGCAUUUCAGGCUCUCUAGAGUUCAGCACUCAACGACCAUACAUAGCCAAAUAACAAGAUAACUUGUCUCAGUGGUGCUCUCGGCGAAUAGUGUAUCAUGCCGAUGGAAGACAGAGAUAACUGAAGAUUCCUUGGUCGUGCCUGAGAAGAAAUGAAAAGGUUGUUUUGUCUUAUUUAUAUAUCGAUAUAUUUUUGUAUGGGAACGUUUAUAUGUGGCUAACUCUGAAUGCUCCACUAGUGCUGUUCUGUCCGAAGUGCUCAAAUGAAAGUUGAAGAUAUGUUUGAUGUUUAUCUACCAGCUGAGGUGCUACAUGUCAAAUAUUUGCUACUUAAAUAAAAUAUAUUAUCCAAUAAAAGAAAA